AUGCAGAGCAAGAGGAAUACUUUCACUCAUGAGGAUGGAACUGAAGCAGAGGAGCUGCACGCUGCCGUGGGCCAGGCGUUCCGGAUGGCGUACGCGGCGCAGCUGCACAAGCGCAGGGACGUACCGCCCCCUCCUCACCACUGGGACGGCACGGCAGCGGCCGUGGGCGUCCCGACCGGUGCCACGUCUCCCGCUGGGAGCAGCAGCGAGGGCAGCGGCUGCGCGUCGCCCACCGCCGCCCACGCGCACCGCCGCAAGGGGGGCGGCGUGCCCGGCCUGGGGCUCGGCCUGGGCGGCUACGUCAACGAGGCUGCCAAGGCCCUGCCGCCGCCCGCGCUCCGCGUCUUCCACCUCGCCGGCAGCAGGUCGUCGCAGAGCUCGGAAGAGGAGCCGCGCCGGUGCGUCUCCGUGGGCUCCGAGCUGCCGCUGCUGGAAGGCGUCGCGCCCGCCCCCGCCUCCACGCCGCCCCCGCCUCCACCCGAGCGCAGCGACAGCCUCGGCACGCGAUCCGAGGCCCACCACCUCCGCACUGCGCCCUGGUUUCAGGCUGGCAUCCCUAGGGAGAUCGCGCUGGAGGUGCUGGGCCGUGAACCGGAGGGCGCGUUCAUGGUGCGCGAGAGCACCAGCAAGCCCGGCUGCUACGCGCUGUCGCUGCGCGUCCCCAGGGACUUCCAGCCGUCCGGCAUCGCGCACUACCUCAUCCUGCGCACCGCCAAGGGGUACAAGAUCAAGGGCUUCACGAAAGAGUUCUCAAGCCUCACCGCGCUGAUCACGCACCACUCCGUGAUGCCGGAGCUUCUGCCCGUUCCGCUGUCGCUCAGUCGCUACAACCCCAGCUUCCCCAAGUCUGACUCCAACAAGGAUAGCGAUUCGGACCCCGACUACAACACGCUCGCCGAUUUCCGCAAGAUGAUGGCCGACCUGAACGUCUGAAAGGAUAGUCAAUCGGCAGAUGUCGCUACUUCCGAGCGAUGGAGAGUGAUGCUGCGUGUCAAAAACUCUGAUGUGUACGGGGAUACACUGCAGCGGAUAGUCAAAUAACAAAAACGUCUGCUCUCCACUCUAACACUUAACUUUAUUCUCGUUGAAAGGAAGCAUUUGUACCAAUUUUUAACUAUA